UAAUGAUCAGUAACUAAUCUGAUCACGUGAAACGAUCAGCUGAACGAUCAAAACAUUCAUUACAUGUUUUUAGAGUUUAUAUCAGACCUGCGCUUCGUCUGUGAGGUUAAGAUUAUCAGACUACCAUCAAUCCACUGCUGUUUACUUUGAGAUAUAAUGUCAGACCCUCACUGCAUUCUGGGGUGUGUGAGGAGAGGUCUGCGGUUACAUGUGUUUAAGGAUGUUGCUCGUCAAUAUCCGGUCAUUUUCUGUAUCUUCACCUUUAUGAUCUCCUCCACCGUCAUCCUCAACCAGUAUCUCCAUAUUCUCAUGAUAUUCUGGUUGUUUCUGGCUGGAGUGAUCACAUUCUACUGCUCCCUCAGUCCUGAAUAUCUGCUGCCAAAUGUUCUCAUCUCAAUAAAGACAGAGAGGAAACCACAGAAACAGCAAGAAUUAUUCCCACUGGGUCACAGUUGUGCAGUAUGUGGGAAAAACCAGUGCAAACGCCACAGACCUACCCUUCUGCUGGAGAACUAUCAGCCAUGGCUGGACUUAAAAGUGCCGUCCAAAGUGGAUGCCAGUAUUUCAGAGGUUUUGGAGUUAGUUCUAGAGAACUUUGUAUACCCAUGGUACAGAGAUAUUACAGGUGAUGAGGCGUGUGUCGAUGAACUGAGACAAACAAUCCGUUUCUUUGCUGCAGUUCUGGCUCACCGAGCACAAAGAGUGGAUGUUCCCUUAGUUUUGAUGGACAAAAUGAUGAAGGCCGCUAUGAAGCACAUUGAGAUCAUUGCAAAAGCACAGCAGAAAGUGAAGAAUACAGAGGGUCUCCAGCAGGCAGCACUAGCUGAAUACGGUGCCGAUCUGCAUGUGGCUCUGCGGAGCCGCAAAGAUGAGCUGCUGUACUUGAGGAAGCUCACAGAGCUGCUGUUUCCUUGCGUCAUGCCCCCUAAAGCUACAGACUGCAGAUCUUUGGCCCUGCUGAUUCGAGAGGUCAUGACAUAUUUUAUCUUUUUGUUAAUCAUAUUCAUGAAUCACUUUUUUUUUGUUUUCCAGGACACAGUGAAUCACAUGGUGCUCAUUUUCAUUGAUGAUAAUCCACCUGAGCCAGUGACUGACCCUCCAUCUGCGCUGGUGCCCUUCCUGGAGAAGUUUGCAGACCCACGCAACACGAAAUCCUCGGUGUUGAAGUUGGAUUUAAAGGAGAUCAGAGAGCAACAGGAUCUGUUGUUUCGUUUUAUGAGUUUCCUGAAGGAGGAAGGAGCGGUACACGUCCUGCAGUUCUGCCUGACUGUGGAGGAGUUUAAUGACCGGAUCCUGUGUCCUGAUCUGAGUGACACGGAGAUGCAGCGUUUGCAUGAGGAAGUGCAGAAGAUCUAUGACACGUACUGUCUGGAGGAGAGCAUCGACAAGAUCAGCUUUGACCCCUUCAUCAUAGAGGAAAUCCACAACAUCGCUCAGGGGCCGUCUACAGGGGUGGUGAAGCUCCAGACGAUGCCAUGUCUGUUUGAGGCCUAUGAACAUGUGCUGUCUCUGCUGGAGAAUGUCUUCACCCCCAUGUUCUGCCACAGCGAUGAGUAUUUUCGACAUCUGCUCUGGGGUGCUGAAUCUCCUGCUAGAAAUUCAAAGCUAAACAGGAAUUUGAGUUUGGAUGAUUUAAGGAACACAUCAAAGCGUGGCGAGUCGUUUGGGAUCAGCCGUAUUGGAAGCAAAAUAAAAGGCGUGUUUAAGAGUAGCACAAUGGAGGGCGCACUGCUACCACAAUACGCCAUGAUUGAAGGAGAAGACGACACGGUGGAGGAAGCAGUGAUGGUGUUUGAGGACGACUCUCCAGGGCCUGUGGAGGUGGUGGGAACUCCAGGGACAUUGCGUAACCUUGCCGCUUGGACCAUCUCAAUCCCUUAUGUGGAUUUUUUUGAUGACGAGGUUAAGAAAGAGCGCACUCCAGUCUACUGCAUCGACGUGGAGCGCCACGACAGAAAAAAUGUGGGGCAUGAGACCGAGAGCUGGUUUGUUUAUAGAAAAUACCUGGAGUUUUAUGUGCUGGAAUCUAAACUCACAGAAUUUCAUGGCCCAUUCCAGGAUGCUCAACUCCCUUCCAAAAGAAUCAUUGGACCAAAGAAUUACGAAUUCUUGUCCUCGAAACGAGGUGAAUUUGAGGAAUAUUUACAGAACCUGCUGCAUCACCCUGAACUGAGUAACAGUCAGCUGCUGGCAGAUUUCCUGUCUCAUCACAGCAUUGAGUCUCAGUUCAAUGACAAAAUGCUUCCAGAUGUCAACCUGGAUCUCGCUGAUCUAGAAGGCAUUUCCGUUUACAGAACUGCAGCACAGUUCUUUGGCACCAAAGAGUAUACUGGUGUACAGAAAGGGCAAAACCUGGAGCCAUUUAUCCAGUCAUUCUUCAGUUCCUGUGAAUCCCCCAAACCCAAACCCAGCAGACCUGAGCUCGCCAUCCUCAGCCCCACUGCAGAAAAUAAUAAAAAGCUAUUUAAUGAGCUGUACAGAAACAAUGCCAAUCUGCCAGAGGGCCUGGAGAGAAAACACAACCAGAACUACUUCAUGGAGCUGAUGGAGGUUGAUGGAGUAUAUGACUUUAUGAUGUACAUAGGUCGGGUGGUGUUCCACAUGCCUGAUUGGCUGCAUCACUUUCUGAGCGGAGCUCGUAUUCUCUUGAAGAGGACUCUAGAGGUGUAUGUAGGGCAUUAUUUCCAGUUCAAACUAGAACAGAUCAUGCAAGAGCAUUGCCUCGUCUCUCUCAUCACUCUAUUGCGAGAUGCUGUUUUCUGCGAGAGCACAGAGGAAUGCUCUCCUGAGGACAAACAGAGACGAGCCAAGCAUACCUUUGAGGAGAUGAUGAACUACCUGCCAGGUCUGGUCGGGAAAUGUAUCGGUGAGGAAGCAAAGUAUGAGGGCGUCAAGAUGCUUUUCAACACCAUUCAGCAGCCACUGCUCAACAAACAGAUGACGUACGUGCUGCUUGACAUCGCUGUCCAGGAGCUGUUCCCAGAGCUCAGUGAGAAUCAGAAGGCAGGUCUCUCCGUCUCCACUAAAUGGAUGUAAAACAUUAUCGGACUUGACAUCAACAUUAUAAAGCGUUUAUUGCACUACUAAAAUACAAUUAUUUAUUGACUUUAAUGGGGUUUGUUUGCCAUGGUUAUUCGUUGAAUCAUUGGAACCCUGCCUUAUUUGACCAGUCUGGUUUAAAUCGUAACAGCAUUAUAACAAAAGGUUUGGAUCAAGUAGAUUAUGUGACAUAAUGUCAUUAUCAGUAUGAUAACAUUCUUCAGACCUGAUGUAAAUAAACCAUUUUACACUCUUGAUGGUCCCUGAAGAUGCUCAAAAAGACACAGAAUACAGACAAGUAAAAAAAAAA